AUGACAGGACGCGGUAAAGGAGGAAAAGGUCUUGGCAAAGGAGGCGCCAAACGUCAUCGUAAGGUGUUGCGUGAUAACAUCCAAGGAAUCACCAAGCCUGCCAUUCGUCGGUUAGCUCGCCGCGGAGGAGUGAAACGUAUCUCCGGUUUGAUCUACGAAGAAACACGUGGUGUGUUGAAAGUGUUCUUGGAGAACGUAAUCCGCGACGCAGUCACAUACACCGAACACGCCAAGAGGAAAACAGUCACCGCUAUGGACGUCGUUUACGCACUAAAACGUCAAGGCCGUACCCUUUACGGUUUCGGAGGCUAA